AUGUCUUCCUUUAACAUGCAAGCGUACCCAGCCGUCGGUUCCACUGCUGUCGCCUCGUUCGGCUCCCCUCUAAUGGACUGCACAAACGCCAUUAGUAAUUCAGACAAUAUUAUUAACGGUGCCCCGCGUCCCGCCACGAUGAAGUCCUCCGCUUCUAACGUUUUCCGUGGUCACUUGAGACCCAUUUCCACUGUGGUGGAAGAGCCCGUUGCGUCAACACGCCAUACACACGAUCCCUACUGCAGAACCUCAAAUGACGGUUUGCCGUGUGUACCCCGCUCACCCUUUACAGCAGAAAUGAGUUUCAUCAUGUCCCACAGCGAUGAGGGUAAUUCGCACUUCAGCAACAGUGCCAAUAGCAGCUUCAGCACCGUACCGCAAGCUACAAACCGGCCGCUUUACCACCAGCCAGCGUCCCGAGGAACCACCGCUGCCGCAUACCCAACUGUCACCAUCAACAAUAACAAUGGCGCAUCAUCAUCAUCAUCAACAACAACCCGCACUGGUGUAAAGCAGGGAGGGUUCCGACGUGCUGCUGGAGGUAAUACCGCGGGAUUCGGCGUCACGCCAAGUCGGGCAGCUCCUGCAGUUGUAUCAACGCCUGUACCUGCAGCUCCGGUGGUGGCGGCAGCGGCAGGAGGCACCUCUGUGAUGCGGGUUCCCUGUAAGCGUGUGUAUGUUAAUGGGCGACCUGUCAUUGUUUCAGUAAAUGAAGAGGGACAGACUUCGUAA